AGAGAGCUUGAUUUCAGAAAUAGCAGCUUCAAGAAGCUCAAUCUGUAGUUUCUCUCUCACAGCACAUUCAAGCUCUGCUCAGAAUACUGCUGAGUUAAGUCUGCAGAAUCCUGCAGUUUCUUUAUCUUCUCUUUAUAAAGAGACUUCAGUGAAGUCUCUGAUCAGUAUUAUCACUUAUCUACACUGUACUAAGCAGCUGAAGAAAGAGAGAAUUUUAUACACUUAUCUCUUCUCUUACUCUCAUUGUUUCUGUUAUAUCUGUAAUAAUGACUUCUAUCUCUCUGUAA